AUGGAUCAACAUAUGCGCGCAGAAGGUAGGGCCGACGCGGCAGCGUCGCGCCCAGAGCCGGGUGCGAAGCAAACGCGGACCAAGAGCGGCUGCCUCACGUGUCGCGUACGCAAGAAGCGCUGCGACGAAGCUCGACCAGUGUGUGCAACAUGUACCCGUCUCGGCAUCGACUGCCUGGGCUACGAGGGAGCUAGCAAGCCAGCGUGGAUGAAAAAGCGCGAGAUGAUCGCCGAUGUGUCCAGGAGAGUAAAGAAGGCGGUGUCCGAUACGCGGACGGCCAAGAUGAACCUGCAUUGGUCUGCCAAAGCAGCUGAGCGGGCACGACAGAUGGAGCGGCGCAUAGGUGGGGCAGAAGGCGGGGCGGUCGUCAGCUCUUCUUCCCCCGUGCAACCCGAGAAUCCACUGUCCUCCAACGACGUGAAUGCAGCAGCGGAUUUCGAUUCCCGACCGCCCUCUGGCAGCGGACAUGUUGACCUCAUACAAGACUUGGCCGACCUCUUGCCAAACCCCAUGGACAUCGGCGGGGAUCCUGACGUGACCUCAAUCGAUAUCAGCUCUAUCCCAACCCAGCUGGUACCUGCUGCUGCAUCCCCGGGCGCCGAGUCCGACCUCGACCAGGACCUCAUCUCACUCUUGGGCCUCGACCCCACCAGCCUCGUCCUCACGUUACACCCAACAGCGAGCUACUUUCCCCUCCUAUCCCAGCCGUCGUCGACAUACCCAACGCCCACGCCGACUCACUCACCAGACAUGCGCUACUUUGACCACUAUCUCAAGGUCAUCCUACCGUACCAGUAUCCCUUUGACCGCCAGACCAUGGUUGAUCUCAUCGCGCCGCUGGCCUUUACCAACUCGGUCGUGUUCGCCUCCGUGACGAGCAUGGCCGCGCUGCAUAUGGGCUCCAAGAGACAAAGACGACGUCCAGGUGCCAGCCACCACCUCCCGAUGCCCGACACCGAUGUCGAGUUUGCAGAAACAAGCCUCCGGCACAAUGUCAACCAGCUCAAGACCAUGCCAUUGACGCGGUUUGACACACACGAAAUGAUCGUCGCGACAAUGGCCGUGACCAGCUUCCAUCUGUUCGACGGCGGCAAUCGCAAGGGGUGGAGGGAGUCAGUCGAUCUGUGUCGGCGGUGUCUGGCGUCGACACUACGCGGGCAAGGAUUAUUUUCUCCUCCCGACACGUCGGGCCUCAUGAGUCGCCUCGGACAUCUCCUCAACCCGUUGAUAUGGACCGACAUUCUCACCUCGGUGACCGAAGGGGUGGCAUCCAAGUUCCUCCCGCUCUACCGCACCCUUCUGCUGGACGGCCAUACCGAGGCCGUCAAAGGGAGGCUGCUCAAAGAGACAGUCAUGGGCUGUGAUAGCACGACGCGCCUCGCCCUUGCCGAAACGAUUGCUCUGUCCGAAUGGAAGCAAGAGGCCCAACGGAUGGGCCAACUGUCGUUACGAAGCUUGCUCACACAUGCGAGUGGCAUUGAGCGACUCCUGGAAGAGCGGCACUGGCGGGAGAGCCAUCUGAUGGCAGCCACAGACCUUGGUGGCCAACAGCGCAACGCCAUGUCGGAUGUCUUCUACCAAGCCGCCCGAGUUCUCUUGGCCACGGUCGUGAACGGCUGCUUCCCGGACGUGCUCGAAGUCGCAACAACAGUCCGAGAUACAAUGGCAGCCCUGACCGCCGUGGACACCAUUGGUGUUGAGGGGGCCGAUCGGGCACUGGUCUUCCCGAUCGUAAUCGCCGCCUCACACGCCUCAAGCUUGCCCCAGCGCCAAUUUUUCCUCGACCGCUUCACUCGUCUGGGGGACGAGGCGCAGUUUGGCAAUACUCAGAGCGCACUUCGACUCGUCAACGAGAUAUGGCGACAACGCGACGGCGGCGCGCCCGGGACGGAAGUGUGUUGGCGGACAGUGAUGUUUGAGCUCGACGACGAGGGGCUGUUGCUCAUCUAG